ACAGGGAAUCUUUAAAGUUUCAAAAAAUCUACCUUUAUCUUCUAAUGGGUGCUGAAGUCCUUGCCUAGAAAUUCACACACAAUUGGAAAAGAAAUGAUAUAUAUAGAGAGAGAGUUUUGUGUUGGAAAAUUAAAGUGUAGAGUGGGGAAGUGGAUAUGAUGAAGUGGAAUAAUUGGAUAUGGGGAGUGGGUUUAUUGUGGUUCUUGGGAUUACUGGGAUUAUGGGGAUGGAGAAUUGUGAAUUGGGUUUGGCUUAGGCCAAAGAGGCUUGAGAAGUUGUUGAGACAGCAAGGCCUCGCCGGCAACUCUUAUCGCUUUCUCUUUGGUGAUACGAAGGAGAUUGGGGUGGCCGUCCGGCAAGCAAGAUUGCAGUCCAUGACCUUCUCUCAUGAUAUUGCUUCACGUGCCACUCCUUCCUCUUAUCCCACCAUCCACAAAUAUGGUAAGAAUUCUUUCACAUGGAUUGGAACAACACCAAGAGUGUAUAUAACAGAACCAGAACAAGUGAAGAUUGCUUUCUCUCAAAUAAAUGAUAUUCGAAAGACAUCUUCAUUUCCCCUUAGACGAAGAAUGGGUAGUGGACUUGUCACUCUCGAGGGAUCUAAAUGGGCUAAACAUAGAAAAAUCAUCAACCCUGCUUUUCACAUGGAGAAGUUAAAGGAAAUGUUUCCUGCAUUCUCGAAGAGUUGUAGAGAAAUGGUUAACAAAUGGGAAAAGAUGAUUAAUGAAGAAGAAAGUUGUGAAAUAGAUGUGUGGCCUGAUUUACAAAAUAUGACUGCUGAUGUGAUUUCAAGAACUGCUUUUGGGAGUAGUUAUGACGAAGGAAAAAAAAUCUUCCAACUCUUGAAAGAGUGGGCAAUGCUAUUGAUGUCGUACCUAACAAAGAGAGGUUACUACAUUCCAGGGGCUAGGUAUGUACCAACAAAAUUAAACAAUAGGAUGCAAGAGAUUGAUACAAAAAUACGAGAUAUGGUUCGGGGUAUUAUAAACAAAAGACAAAAUGGUAUGAAGAAGGGUGAAGCUUCCAACAAUGAAGAUCUAUUAGGCAUUCUUUUAGAAUCAAAUGCAAGUCAAAUUGAAGAACACAAAAACAAGAAAGAUGUUGGAAUGAGCAUAGAAGAAGUAAUUAGUGAAUGCAGGCUUUUCUAUUUUGCCGGUCAAGAAACCACAGCUGUAUUGCUUGCUUGGACAAUGGUUCUACUUGGUCGAUACCCAGAGUGGCAAGAUCGAGCAAGAGCAGAAGUUUUGGAGGUUUUUGGCGAUAACAAGAAAUUGGAUUUCGAUGGUUUAAGUCGUCUAAGAGUAGUAAAUAUGAUACUCAAUGAAGUUCUUAGGCUGUACCCUCCAGUUGGAAUGUUAGCUCGAGAGAUUCACAAUGAAACAAAAUUGGGGAAUUUGACAUUACCGUGUGGAGUAUCAAUAGGAGUACCAAUCUUAAGCAUGCACCAAAAUCCCAAAAUAUGGGGUGAAGAUGCACUUGAGUUCAACCCAGAAAGAUUUGCAGAAGGAAUUUCCAAAGCAACAAAGAAUCAAGUAUGCUUUAUUCCUUUUGGAUGGGGUCCUCGUAUUUGCAUUGGUCAAAACUUUGCAAUGAUUGAAGCCAAAAUAGCAUUAUCAAUGAUUUUGCAACAAUUCUCAUUUACACUUUCUCCAACUUAUACUCAUGCUCCUAUCACACAUAUCACUAUUCAACCACAACAUGGAGCUCAUCUCAUCCUUCGUAAACUGUAAUAAUAGUUUUGGUUUUAUCCUUUUUCCUAAGCUUUUUCCUCAGCUAUAUAAAUAGCUUUUUAUUUCUCUAAUGUGUGUUUCUUUUCCAAUUAAUAUACAUUUCCACGUCUUGCUUAGCUCUUUCCAUAUAUUUCAAGCUGAAUGAAAAAAAAAUCUUUUCCCAUUCGCUUAAAAUUUUGGAUUGAAUCGACGAGAAAUUAGUGUUGCAAUAUUAAAAAUAAACUCUUUUGUUUGCCAUAAUAUUUUCUCUAA